CCUCAACUUCGGAUAUCAGACAACGACUGCUUUUUAAACCUGACCUAUAACAUCAAUUACAACACAACUUAAUCACAAUGUCUGGUCCUUACGAUCAGUACAACGGAGGACAGUACGGUGCGCCCCAGUACAACCAGCAGUACCCAUCACAGUCACACAGCCCAUAUCCUCCUCAGCAAGGUGGCUAUGACCAGAGCGGUUACCAACAACCCGGUUACCCUCCCCAGCAGUCACAGAGCCCCUACCCGGCCCAGCAGGGUUAUGACCAGGGCGGGUACAACCAGCAAUAUGGCGCACCAGCUCAUGGCGGAUUCCAGCAUGGUCAGCAAGUAGCCCCAUAUGACCAGCAGCAGCAGCAAGGAUACUACGGCCAACAGCAACAAGGAGGUUACCCAGGUGCUCAGCCACAGAGCCAGUUCCCUCAGCAAGGCGCAUAUUCAGCCGAUCAGUACCCUCAAGGCCAACACCAAGCUGCUCCAUACGGACAGCCUGGAGCUCCAGGCCACGGAUCUACGGACCCCAAUGCUCAGGCUGAGGGCGACCGAGGCAUGAUGGGCGCUCUGGGUGGCGGUGCCGCUGGCUACUUCGGUGGCAACAAGAUGGGCGGCCACGGCAUUAUUGGUGCCAUAGCAGGCGCGGUUCUUGGAUCCAAGCUCGAGGACAAGCACAAGAAGCCUAAGCACAGCAACGGUGGCUGGUAAUUCUUCUCGUUGCUCUUUUCUCGGUAUGGGUGGGCUUUUGAAUUUGCAGAGACAACGGCGUUUAAGGACAAUUAUGACAUGACACGGCUUCCAUAGAGCAUUGCACUAGUACACCAUUACAAAUUGAUCACAAUUCUCAUCAAACAUCAA